AUGGCUCUAACUAUCAUGAUGACGAUGGUGUUGACAGUGAAGACUUUAGCGUUGGAGUGCCUGGAGCAGUUUCACGAUCGUGCCAUUGAUGCCCUCAACAAAUCGAGACAUCCGUUCUCUUACUGUGAGGUUCUCGAGGUGUUGUUCAACCAGUGUAGAGGCAUCCACGAGGGAAGGUGGUCGAUGGCCGUGCGAUGGAUCCGAACUAUUAUCAGAUAUCGCACCAAGGAGAUUCACAACUACACGGCUGAGCUCCUCGAUGUAUUGGUAGCCCUGUCGGAGAGAGCUCGUGCGGGCUUCCACUUCGAUGUCGUCGAGCAGGUGGAACAUUGCCUGGCCGAGCUCGAGGCCGAGGUCACACAGAUCUUGUGGACGGGCGUCAAGUGGAGUGCGGAGGAUCAGGAGAGGAUAGCAAAUGUGACUGUAGAGGUUUCCAAGUCGGACAACCGGAAGCUUCGAUUCACCGUGCUGAAGUGGUUCAAGCUUCUUCUCUCGUACCAUCCCGAGUGUCUUGUGUCGGAUAAGGCGGCUGAGCUCUGUAUUGACAUCGGUAAGAGAAAGGAUCCGAUUAGGGAGCAGGAGCAGGAGCAGAGGAGAAAACCAGCAAAACUAGCAGGGGCGGAAGAGUCCUCGUUCAAAGCUCUCCUUCAGAACCUUCUGAACUUCUUCAAGGAGAAGCGAGUUCUUCUAGACACAAGAGCUUCUCUCGCCAUCAACAUGCUCUGCGAUUCCAUCGGGCCAGUGCUGCAGGUCGGAGAGUUUGUGGAGAAGCUCAAUCAGAUCCUGCUACUGGAGAGCAGGAUGAACACCUUGCGGAGCAAGUUGCCCAACUUCAGAUCGCACGCGUCAUCGUCAUCGCUCAAGCUGCGGUCCCGAGGAAGCACGGAGGAACAGAUCAAACUGUUUGGGAUUCUGUUCUCGACUUUUGUUGUCAACGAGGUCGCGGCCCUAUCCAUCGCUCUCCUGUGCCAGGCGUAUGAGAUGUCCUCGUUCAUUGUUGGCCAGAUCAUGUCGCACAUCCAUGAAGGGCGGUCGGCGUCAACGUACAACAGAAACGCUCUUCUCCUGACCAGACUGGACAAGCUCAUCCGCAUGUUUGAGCUUCCGGUCUGGGCGAGGAUGAGGCUGGACUUUAUGGAUCCUCAGAACAACCGACAUCUCAAACGAUGCAUGGAGAGUAUCGACGCUCUGAUGCCCCAGAGCAACACCUGGAAGAUUUUUAGGAAGAGGUUGAAAACUUUGCAAGUCGUGGAGAUCGAUAUUCUCGAGCAUUUCAUCCAAGAGUGCCCGCGAGACAAGCCUUCCCAGCAGCGAGCUGACGCCCCUCGCUCCUCCGGUCCUGCUGAGGAGGAAGAGAACUUGACUCGUGGAUACUUCGACACCUUCAUGAAAGGACAGGACAAGAUCUCCCAAGCUCAGAAGGGAGGACGGGAGAGAAUGCGGGACGAAGAGCAGGACAAGGACCCGGACGACGAGAAGGACGAGGACGAGGACGAGGACAAGGAGGGAACACGAGCUCUGUUGGAUCUCUUGCUCUCGCUCUCCAACUUCCUGCCAACCUCAUGUGUGGAGGCACAUGGGCCUGCCUUGUGUCUCCACUAG